UGAAUUAUUCCUAAGGCGUUUUCCAGGUGUUUUCUUAUGCUCACCAAUAAUAACUGUGAGAAACAAGGACACCCCGUUAUCGCGACGUUAACAGGUAGCCCAGGGAACUGACAGCAUUGAAUGAUUUGUUAUUGAUAUCCUGGGAACCCAGAAUACUCUUAAAAGUCAUCGAUCUGGAAGGAGGAUAUCUUUCUCACGGAUUUGAUGGAUGUUUGAUCGGUUGGUGAUGCCCAUUUAUAUCAUCGAUCGCAAAUUUCCAGAGACACCUGGUGAGUUUCUACAGGCUGCCCCAGAGGGACAGCAGACCAUGGCUGACAACAACACUCAGAAAAAAAAGCCCCACUGGACGUCACUAGAGAUCGGUCUUCUGACAAUUGUUUCUCUGCUGUUUGUCAUUAUCGUGGCCCUCAUCAUCCUCUUCAUCACACAGAGUGGCAAAGAUGGAGUCUGCAUAACAGCUGACUGCACACAGUCAGCAUCCCGCCUCAUUGAGAACAUGGACCCGACAGUGAACCCCUGUGACAACUUCUACCAGUAUGCCUGUGGUGGCUGGCUAAAGAAGAACAUCAUACCUGAGACCAGUUCACGUUACAGUACCUUUGACAUUCUCAGAGAUGAACUGGAGGUGGUACUCAAAGGAGUGCUGGAGAGAGAAGAGAGUGGAAGCAGUAGCUCACUGACCAAAACCAAAGUUCUCUACAGGUCCUGCACUAAUGAGAGCCUCAUUGAACAGAGAGGUGGGACGCCUCUGCUUGCAGUGCUGCCAGAUGUCUUUGAGUGGCCUAUAGCAACAGAUGAUUGGGACACCAGCUACGGAAUGAAUUGGAGAGCAGAAGAUGCCAUAGCCAAACUGAAUGAGAAAUAUGGAAAGCAAGUCCUGAUUAGCUUUUUUAUUGGUACAGAUGACAGAGACUCCAAUGCGCACAUCAUUCAUUUUGACCAUUCAAGUCUUGGCCUCUCCUCAAGAGACUACUAUGUGUGCACGGGACCAUAUGAGGAGGCCUGUGUGACAUAUGAGAACUUCAUGACUGACUUGGCAAAGCUUAUCCGAACAGACCGGGGUCUGGAGGUCAAUGACACUAAUAUCAGGCAAGAGGUUGCCCGGGUGAUGACGAUGGAAAAGGAAAUUGCUAAUGCAACAGACACACCAGAGGACAGAAACAACCCGGUUCUACUUUACAACAAGAUGCCUCUGGAGAUCCUGAACAACAACUUCACCCUGGAGUUUGAUUCCAGGGUGUUCAACUGGACACUCUUCACUAAUAAGAUCAUGGACACAGUUGGCAUUCCCAUUACAGACAGUGAGGAGGUUAUUGUGUAUGCCCCAAACUAUUUUAAGAGGCUGAACCCUGUCCUUGCCAAGUACACAAAGAGGGACGUUCAGAACUACAUGAUGUGGCGUUUCAUUAUGAAUCUGGUGGCUGGUUUGAGCAGGACAUACAGGGAGACCAGGAAAGCAUUCAGAAAGAUGGACGAGAUGAUCACUAACAUCAGAGAGGUAUUUGUGAGUAAUCUGGAUGAUCUAGCUUGGAUGGAUGCUGAAACUAAGAAAGCUGCAGAGGAGAAGGCACGAGCAAUCAGAGAAAGAAUUGGUUUUUCAGAAAAUAUCAUGAACAACACAUACCUGGACCAGGAAUACCAAGAUUUAAGCUACAGUGCAGAAGAAUACUUUGAGAACAUUCUAAAGAACUUGGAGUUUGGUCAGAAGAAACGCCUAAAGAAACUGAGAAUCAAAGUGAACAAAGAAGAGUGGAUCACAGGAGCUGCUGUUGUCAAUGCAUUCUACUCAUCUAGCAGAAACCAAAUAGUAUUUCCUGCAGGUAUACUUCAGCCACCAUUCUUUGGUAAAGGUCAGCCCUGGUCUCUGAAUUAUGGCGGCAUUGGGAUGGUCAUUGGGCAUGAGAUCACUCACGGCUUUGAUGACAAUGGACGUAAUUUUGAUAAAGAUGGUGACCUCAAAGACUGGUGGACUAAAUCUUCAACUCAGAAAUUCCAUGAGCUUUCCAAAUGCAUUGUGGACCAGUAUGGAAGCUACUCUUGGGAUUUGGCGAAUGGACAAAAUUUAAAUGGGAAUAAUACCCUUGGGGAGAACAUUGCCGACAACGGGGGCAUUCGCCAGUCUUAUCAAGCCUACCAGAACUAUGUGAAAAAACAUGGAAAAGAGGCUCCUCUGCCUGGAAUUGACCUCAAUCACGAGCAACUCUUUUUCCUUAACUUUGCACAGGUUUGGUGUGGAACACAUAGACCAGAGCAUGCUGUCAACUCCAUCAAAACAGAAGUCCACAGUCCAGGGAAGUUUAGAGUUCUUGGGUCAUUACAGAACUUCCCAGAGUUCGCCAAAGCCUUCCAGUGCCAGAAAAACACCAACAUGGUGCCUGAGAAGAUUUGCAGGGUGUGGUGAUUACUUGAGGAACAGAAGAUGAGGGUUAUAUUGAGGGCCCGUGGUCCGUAUACCCUCUCAACUCUCUGCUGACUCUUAGACCACUAUGGCAGAUGCUGAUAAAUGUUCUCAUCGGUGUAAGCUAUGGCCACUAUGCUCAACUCCACCAGUGCACUUGAGCCAUAUAUAGAGAGGGGGGGCUGUCUCAGAACACUCCUACAAGCAUCAGCCAAUUUAUUUGAAUACAGUUUGUGAGAUCAUUACUCAGUUCAUGGCUCUUACUGUUUUAUACACUAAGUCUGAAGAAUAAAGUAAAAAAACAACAAAACAAAAACAAAUCUAAAGUAAAGGUUAUGUAGAGAUACUAUCAAAAAUUAUGACAAUGUUAAUCAAGUAAAACUGUGAAUUGGAGAUAUUAGUAGCAUUAUGUUUAUACAUAUUUAAAGCAAUACUCGUAUACAUACACUGCUUAUAGGCUACUGGUCAACUUGAUUAGAUUCAGUAAGUAACUAUGAAGCUACCCAAACAUGCCCAAGAAUAUUAUGUAGGCUAUAGUACCAUGGGAGUUAAUAGAUAUUUAAGUGAAUUCCAAGAAAAUUGUUCAACUCUGUAUUCAUUUAUCUAAUUAGCAAAUUAUCUGAUUUGUACACAGCACAUUGUAAUAAAAAAAAAUGUAGAUUAAUUUGUAAUCUGUGUCAUUGAAUUUAUUUUCCUUAGAAGAUUUGCUGAUUAUCAUAAAAGAUUAACUGGAACAAUAUACAUUUUCUGUAAAUCAGACACUGAAUGUUUGAUUUGAAAAUCCCAAACAUGACAAGACGGAUAGACAUAUUAAAAUGUGUAUUUUUAUUUCUUCUUUCAUUGUGCUGUCCUUGAUAUUUGUAUGAAUGGGUGUGCAUGUGACAAAUAAUGUCAUUCUGUCAAAUGUCACUGAAUUAAAGCCUUAAAAUGUUUUCAAUUCUGUUUUCAACAUUUGUCAAUGUUUUCAUAUAAUGUGGAGGACUAAAUUAAUCAUAUUGAGACCAAUUCAUGCAGACAGUGUUUAUGCCAAAGAUUUUUACACAUAUCCUUACUCUCUGCUUUUUUAAAGAAAAAAAUCAAUAUAUCUUAUACAUAAUUGUUUCUGAAAUGCUGGUCCCAACAUGUCUAUUACAUCUUCAUUAGCAAUGACACAAACUGCCAAAUUAGAUGUUUUUUUUUCUUCACAUUUUUUGAAAACGUAGAAGCUUAUAUUUGUGAUAUUGUUAGUUGUCAGGCAUAGCAAUUUUACAUGUAUUUUACAUUAGCAUUACAAAAUAUAUUCAUUCUCGUGGGCAUUGGGAUACUGUACGUUUAAAAACAAGAAGCUCAAAGGAGUUUUGCCUAACAGCUCCUCUGUGCUGUGUUAACAAAAACAUCAAAAUGCUGCAGUUUUUUCUUUACAUUUUUGUUCUAUUCUGUCCUUUUGAUCACAGGGGUCUUUUUUCUCAGUAUUGUUUGCUAUUUUACAUGUUUGCACACUGUUUUCCCCUCUCUGAUAAAACACUGUUCACCAAAAUCCAUCUCAACCACUUCACAGACAAAUAUACCUCAGAUGCCUGUAUUUAGAAACUUUGUAAUAAGCAUAUUCAGAAGAGAAUUUUGUUUUAUUAAUAAAUUGUUAAUG